UGCCAAUGUUUACAAACAAACGCUCUGACGCGCACAGAUCUGAAAGUCCUUCUACAAAAUUGAAUAUUGUGUUUCGAUUAUUUUCACGCAUGGAAACGUAACCAAAAAUGUCCAAACGUUGCUGCGCGGCUUCCUGUUUCAAUUCCAACGCCAACUCAAACCGAUCGCUUGAGUACUUUGGCUUCCCGAAGAGCAUGGAGUAUGCCACAGCAUGGGCCAAAGCUGCUAGCCGGGAGGAUUUGCUCGAAAAGAACCUAAAUAACAUCGUGAAAUACUAUCUGUGUUCGGAACAUUUCACCACCGACUGCUUCCAAGAUCCGCCCCACAACCGGAAGUUGAAGAAAACUUCUCGGCCGACUAUGGUGGUCCCGAUACCGACGAUAUUCCGCAACAAUUUCGACGAGUGCGUUUCGAAAUCUCUGAAGGAAGACAUCGCCGACGUCCAAUUGCAAGAGCAGUUGCCCGAAGAUUCCGGCGGAUGCAGUUACCUAGCGGAACAACAGACAGAACUGCAGGAUCCGCUGCUGCUGGAAGAGUACAUUGCUUUCAACCAAGAACACGAUCAAGACAGUGAGAUACUGGAGGAACAUUUCGUCCAGAGUAGCGACGACUUCGAAUUGCUGGCGGGAAAGGAAGAAGAGUUGGUAGAGGAAGAGGAAGAGGAAUGUCAAUUUUCGGAAGCGGAGCCUAGUCCUAACCUGUGCCGACUCUGUCUUUCGAACGGAGACAACGAGCUGCUGGUGCCAAUUUUCGGGGAUGGGAGCGAGAUGGCGUAUAUUUUAGAGAGAAUACUUCCCGACUAUCCGAUUUGUCCGGGCGACGGGUUUUCCCAGAAAGUUUGUCUCACAUGUUUGGAAGAUGCGACGAGAUGUCUAAACACGAUAGAAAUCUUCAGAGCAGCACAGGAGAAACUAAAGCGAUGAAAAGAGUUUUGAGUCAAAUAAAUUGGAAUUUCUUUCAUCUUUUAUUAAAACAA